UGUGUCGCAGAUUUUGUAAAGUCACUGCUCAGAUACAUCCAGCUGGAGGAGGGGUCUGCAGGUUAACCGACCCGAAAAUAACGCGUCGUUGACGGGGAGGACACAGCCGAAGCACGGCUAACAUCUCCCGGUUUGCUCGGUUUGUAAACACAGGGGGGUUUUACUUUGACAGGUGAAAACGUGCGCACACAUGGAGCUGUCAGCUAUAGGAGAGCAGGUGUUUGCUGUGGAGUGCAUCCUGAAGAAGAGAGUUAAGAAGGGGAAUGUGGAGUAUCUGUUAAAGUGGAAAGGAUGGCCUCCAAAAUACAGCACAUGGGAACCAGAGGAACAUAUUCUGGAUCAGCGCUUGGUGAAGGCCUACGAAGAGAAAGAGCAGAAAGAGAAACAAUUGGGACAGAGGAGAAAAGGACCCAAACCCAAAAGACUCAUUCUGCAGGACACGGUUUACACCAUGGAUCUGCGCAGCGCUCACAAGCCUCCGGAUGAUCCUCCUCUUCCUCGUCUUCGUCUCUCCCUGACCCGCUCCCUGCUGCCGGAGGAAGAGGAGCAGUCGUUCGCUUCCUGCAGGAGGAGCAGAGAGACACAGGUGCAGCAUCCAGGAAGCAAAACCUGGAGGUCAAAGUUCACAUGUCUUCACUCCAACCCUCCGAGUCCCACAGCCGAGGACUGGGAGGGCCGGGGGGAGGAAGAGGAGGAGGAUGAGGAGGAUGAGGAGGAGACAGAGAAGAGCACUUUAGAUGGAAAGGAGAGGAUGAACUCUAUCGGACCGGAGGAGGAGGAGGAGGAAGAGGAAGAGGAGGAAGAAGAAGAGGAAGAGGAGAAGGAUCUGGACGAUGUCUGGAGGCCUGUCGUGGCUCCAGGGGAGGUGACGGUCACAGACGUCUCCCUGAACUCCCUCACCGUCACCUUCAGAGAGUCCACAGUCGCCCGAGGCUUCUUCAGAGAACCAGAGACUCUAAGGAUCUGAUAUGUGAGGGGGGGGGGGAGAAGGUUAAUGGACAGUGUUGUUGUUUUUAUUCCCUGUCAAUUACCCUCCUUACUCCUGCUACUUCCAGCCUGGUCAGGUUACAUGCACAGUCACCUGAACAUGAGCCGAACUCCAGGUUAACGUUACAUUUAGUUUGAGUUGUUUUGAGUUAAACGUAGGUAUUAGCCGUGGUGGUCCCCACUGUAUUUACCUUGGCAUAGUUGAAUAAGGAGAGUUCGGUACAUUGAGCUGACAUACCGUGAACCUCAAACACCAUUGUUUCCUCCUUCACGUGCAAAUCAUGAAUAUGCAUAUCACAGCGGAGAAACGGCGAAUUACAACAAUCCCUGUGUGUGACGUCACACACGGUAGUCCAGCCCCAACAUUAGCAUACACCAGCUGCUGGAAACACUAAUGCUAACACUUACCACUCCGUAACGUUGCUCUCCAAUCUCACACCAACUGGCUGUUCUUCAAAUCAUCGGUUUCCUCCUCUGAUAAAGGCUCACACAUGUAAGGCUGGAUGCCAAUAGCCUCCAUGGUUCAUCUCUCACAGUUUCGAGAACUUCCCUUACUUCUGUGGGCUCUGAGGCAGCCAUGGAUUGCUCCUUGUAAACCAGCCAAUCAGAGCAGAGCUCGUCAUCAUUAUUUAAAUGAGCCCCAAAUAAGGCAACUCAGCUUGUUUCAUUCUAGGAUCAAAUCAUAGGGUUGGAAAUGGGCCUGUAAAACUGCAUCUGGACAUUUUUUGGAUCAACCAAAAUGAUAUACCUUCUUUGUAGACAUCAGAGAACAAUGUAGAAUACCAGAUAGUUGCUUUCUAUGGAACCUUUAAACUAGAUACAAGUCGAAGCGCCACAGUGUAGAAAUACCAAGUAAAAGCUUUCAAAAUGUUCUAAUCUCCUUUUCCUGCUUUUAUUUUGAAAGGUUACUAUUCUUUUCUCCAUUCAUGCUUUUAUUAUGAAAGGUUGCUGUUCUUAUCUCACUCAUGCUUUUAUUUUGAAAGGUUGCUGUUCUUAUCUCCACUCAUGCUUUUAUUUUGAAAGGUGACUGUUCUUAUCUCCAUUCAUGCUUUUAUUUUGAAAGGCUACUGUUCUUGUCUCCACUCAUGCUUUUAUUUUGAAAGGUUGCUAUUCUUAUCUCCACUCAUGCUUUUAUUUUGAAAGGUUGCUGUUCUUAUCUCCACUCAUGCUUUUAUUUUGAAAGGUGAUUGUUCUUAUCUCCAUUCAUGCUUUUAUUUUGAAAGGUUGCUGGUCUUAUCUCCACUCAUGCUUUUAUUUUGAAAGGUUGCUGGUCUUAUCUCCACUCAUGCUUUUAUUUUGAAAGGUGAUUGUUCUUAUCUCCAUUCAUGCUUUUAUUUUGAAAGGCUUGCUGUUCUUGUCUCCACUCAUGCUUUUAUUUUGAAAGGUUGCUGGUCUUAUCUCCACUCAUACUUUUAUUUUGAAAGGUUACUUUUCUUAUCUCCACUCAUGCUUUUAUUUUGAAAGGUUGCUGUUCUUGUCUCCACUCAUGCUUUUAUUUUGAAAGGUUACUAGUCUUGUCUCCACUCAUGCUUUUAUUUUGAAAGGUUGCUGUUCUUGUCUCCUUUCAUGCUGUUCUUGUGUAGGCUGGGCUCUCAGGAGUAUACCAGGUCAGAUUGAGCAGAUUUAAUCAGCGUUCAUUUGAUCUUUUUUACCAAAGUCCUAAAGAGAUUUGCUACAGAUAUUGAGAACAGUAGAGGUUUAAGAGUGUAGCAUUAACAAGAGAUAAAAUAGUACAGGUCGAGCUCUCUGUGCAUGCAAACAUGGCUCCUGUUUGUCUCUUUUCCACUAACACUCAUAGUGCUGCUCCUGUGAACCCAGAAACUGUUACUCCUGUUCGACACGUGGCUUCGUGUUGUUUCCAAAUCCUCGUGUGAGAUUCAAAGCACCUGCAUGUCGUUUCUCCUGAAGUGCUGUUAGAUCAAUGCAAACACACGCUGUAGUUUCCUCCGUUUCCUCCUCCUCUUCCUCUCAAAACACACCCGUGACGACUGAGUAUUGAACCAAAUGAAGAUACUGAAUAGUAGAAGCACUUGAUACUACGUGUUUGAGAGGCUACGUGUCAAAUGUAUUUAUUUAUGAGGCUGUAAUACCGAGCUGGUAUUGAAAAAAUCACGUGAACUGAGAGAUGUGUUUCCCCACAGCUGUUCAAUAGUACCGCAGCUAAUUGAGCUAAUCUGUUGCCUCCCGCACGGGGAUAGAAAGUGCCUGAUGUUGCUGAGUUGUGUUGUAGUUUUAGGGCUAAUGUCUCUCUAUCUUGUACACACACACACACACACACACACACACACACACACACACACACACACACACACACACACACACACACACACACACACACACACACACACACACACACACACACACUUUCCUGCUGUUAUUACUUGAACUAUGAGGAAAAAAGAGAGGACGACCGAGGGGACUAAUGUCUUUCUUAUUUUUCUACAUUGACCUGAAUGUAUUCUGUGUUUUUGUCGCGCAGGUGACUGAAACAGAACCGUUUUUAUAACGUUUGUGAUAAACUGCGAUUGCUAUGACAGAGAGAACGAGCAGCUGGUUUGACGCCGCCUGAUGUUGUUCUGCUUCCUGAAUAUUUGCACUUUAUUGUGAUGAACCUGCACAUGACCUGCUCCAGGUGUCCCUGUGUGGGAUACUUCUGUGGUGAUACUACAAAAAAUGUUACUCGUGUUUCCUAUGGUUUGAAUCCCUUGUUUAAUUGCUUGCUGGCCUACUAAAUACAUGUUGGAAUUAAUAAUAAAGUGAGUUGUCACAAGGCUUGGUGGAAUACUCGAUUCUGAUUGGUCAAUUCGGACAUUUCAGAGGUCAAUAUGACAGUAGUACAGACCUCUCAGGGACAGCUUAGUAUUUGAAUGUGUACUGAAUGUGUUUUUCUUUCCCAUUGUCUUCUGGAUAACAAGUUAUUUGUCAUUUAAUUGAAAUUACAAAAUAAAAAAAUUCUCAAGAACA